AUGCGUGCUACUCUUGCUCUUGCAACCCUCAUCGGGUUGUCGAAUGCUGCUGCCAUCGACCCUCGCAAGGCUGAGCCUCUCUACAAGAUUGAGCUUGCACCUGGCGAUGUCCGCACCGUCACCGAAAAGGAAAAGUGGGCAUUGAGAGCUGAACACAAAACCUUCAUCGAUGUCACCGACCUUGAUGAGCCCGGCUUCAGCCUUCAAUUCCUCGCCAGUUUCCCUGGCGCAGUUGCACAGACAUCUGCCGUCAACGCUCUCAUUCCUAAGCUGAGCCAGACAAACCUGCGCAGCACUUUGACGGAGUUCUCCAAGUUCCAGAACAGAUACUAUAAGUCUACUUAUGGUCAACAAUCUGCUGAGUGGCUUUUUGGGCAGAUCCAGUCUAUCAUUACUGCCAGUGGAGCUAAGAACGUCAAGGUUGAGAAGUUUACUCACUCUUUCAGACAGCCUAGCAUUAUUGCUACCAUCACUGGAAAGAGUGCUGCUACUAUUGUUGUUGGUGCUCACCAGGACUCUAUCAACCUUCGAAGCCCUGACACUGGCAGGGCUCCCGGUGCUGACGACGAUGGCUCUGGAACCGUCACCAUCCUAGAGGCUUUCCGUGUCCUCCUGACUGACUCCCGCGUUUCAACCGGUCAAGCCCCCAACACCAUUGAGUUCCACUGGUACGCCGGUGAAGAAGGUGGUCUUCUCGGAAGUGGUGCUGUCUUCCAGAAGUACAAGCAAGACGGCCGACAAGUCAAGGCUAUGCUCAACCAAGAUAUGACUGGCUAUGUCAAGCCAGGCACCACGGAAGUUGUUGGAAUCCUGACCGAUAACGUCGAUGCUGGACUGACUGCUUUCCUCAAGAAGGUUGUCGCUGCUUACUCCAAGCUCCCCACUGUUGACUCCAAGUGCGGUUAUGGUUGCUCUGACCAUGCCUCCGCUACCCGCCAAGGCUUCCCCUCGGCUAUGGCUUUCGAGUCUACCUUUGAUGACAGCAGCCCUUAUAUCCACGGCACCACUGAUACUAUCGACACCGUCAACUUUGGCCAUGUUCUUGAGUUCUCCAAGAUCUGCCUUGGAUUUGCUUAUGAGUUGGGUUUUGCUACUAACCUGUAA